CCUCUAGGCCUCCGGGGGGCGCCGGCGCGGGGGAGGCGACCCCGGCCACUUCGCGGGCCCGCGGCUUUCCUCCGAGUGCUCCCGACUCCGCCGUCUUCCCGUCACCCCGUCACCCCGUCACCCCGUCUCCACCGUCACCCCGUCUUCCCGUCAUCCCGUCUCCGCCGUCACCCCGUCUUCCCGUCAUCCAUUCCACGUCCGAGCUCCCGGCACGCGGCACUUGGUGGGAGCUAUCCCGCGAACGGAACGGAAGCCGCGUGGAACGGAAAUGUGUGAUCACGGUGCUGCCACCCGUGGCGGAUGGCGCGAACCAAUGUUCACAAAUCCAAAGUCCAUUUUUUUUAAAUUAAUUUUAACAAGACAGGCAGUAUUUUAAUAAAAUUCAUUUUUGAAAAUCAGUUCCAAAGGCGUAGUUUUAUCAGAACCGUUUAUGAUAGUUUAAAAUUUCCGUUUUUUUUUUCGUGCUGCCAAUUGCUGUCUGCGUUUGAUGGCGGCAGGCAACGUUUACGAUUCAGGCAGAGAAUUCUAGCGAAGGGCGCAGAAACUACGUGUGUGAUUCGCAUCUAGAAAUUUUGUGGUGUGUGAUGAGCAGCCACUCCGUGGUGUGGGAUAUGAGUGGCCGGCGAUGUGGUCGGACGAGCAAUGACUGUCUCGUGUGGGACUCCUGUCCGCCCAGAGCGAGGUCUGAGUCAGGCCCAGUGGGACCGCCUGCAGACUAAACGGGGCCCAGUGUCACGGGGAGAAACCAUGGUCUCGCGGAAACUAUUAUUGGCUCCACGUAAAUAUAGAGCGCGCAUUCCCGACCCAAUUCAUCCCGGAGUUGCAUGAAGCGUCGGCCCACGCCCACUUGCUGUUCCUUGGUUGUUUGCGUGCGCCAGUUCGUCAUCCGUGAGCACGAAGAGGCCGACAUUAGCUCACGGAACCACGCGUGAAUCGUGAGUGAAUGUUCCAGAGGUUUGACGAGGCAACAGCGAACAGCGAGUCCAUCGAGCGAUCCCCCACCAUGUUGCGAAAUCACCUGGACAUGAUUGGCAGGAACGAGCCGAUACAGAGGAAAGCCAAGUUCUGGCAGUCCUACGUCAGAGCCCUGAAAGGUACGGACGACAUGAGGGCGCCCGACCGCAUCACGCCCCGGCCCAGGGGCAUCUUCCGGCCGCUACUGCCACUGUCCAGCGAGUUCCCGGAGCUGUCCUCCAGCUGGCCCUACAGCAAGUCCAUCUACGACGACCCCACGUCUCCGCACGACCGCAUCACCGUGCCCGGCUACCGCUACCUGCCCGUCCACCGGGAGAUUUACGGUUACUCGCCGCGAAACCUGUACCCGCGCCCCGUGCUGGCGCCCUACGACCACGACAAGGCGUGGCAGGACCACCUGAAGAAGCUGGCCGACAUCGACCGCUUCUACCCCAGCAAGUACCCGCUGUCGUACCGCUACGGCCUGGGCUCGCCCAACCCGCGGCGCAGCGCUACGCCCCUGCGGACCGUCUCCCCGGCGCCCUCCGACAAGGCCCUGGGCUUCAACUACGCCGGCCAGCCCAUCUACACCCGCGGCGGACUGACGCGCCGGCCCUUGUCGGAGCUGCUGGAGCCACUGUCUUCCAUGCCGCUGUCGAGGAUCACCAGGGACCCCUGGUGGUGGGACUACCCCGAGCUGCGGCCCUACCAGUCGCCCUACAACUGGCCCUACUCGUCCUACUCGCCCUUCUACCUGCGCGACAGCUACCUGUCGCCCGUCAAGAGGACCUACCUGUGGGACAAGCACCCCAUGAGGCCCUACGCUCAUGUUUUCUAGGCGAGAACCAACUCUAUGGCGCUCCGAGAGCGACCCGAGGCUCCGACACUUGAAUAUCGACCCUGUUACAUCACGCAGCACUCUAUCAACUCGAGUGUUCUAUGGCGCAGCCACUACACGGUACCAACUGUUCGAUCUGACAAGCAGGGGAAGCCUUCAUUUCACAGACGAGAGAGCCACACCCGAAGUUCCCCGAAGUUCAUGCUCGUUUUUUUUUUAUCCCGUUCUAUCUCAUUGUAUAAACCGGUGUGGCAUUAAAUUUUGCGGUCGAUUAGGAUAGGUUAGCUACAUUAUAAAUACUUUAAAACAUGUGGAUGGUUGGUUAUAUUAGGUAAGUAUAGCUACAUUAAAAAUACUGUAAAAACAAUUUAUGUUUGCUUAGCAAAUAACUUUAUAAUAUAUAGCUAUCCAGGGCUAGGGAACCGUUCACAUGAUUUCACAGUAUCUUUAAUGUAGCUAUCCUAACCAAAUCAACCGUCCACAAUGUUUUAAAGUAUUUAUAAUGUAGCUAACCUAACCUAAUUGACCAUUAGUUAUCAUGAACCAAAAAAAAACGAAGAUGCAAGAUCGGGCGUUUGGCUCUCUCGUCUGUGAAAAGAAGGCUUCCCUCAACCGGUAGCCCCCGACACACAGCGGAACUGGAAGAUUUGUCUCAGCAAAUUACUUGUCGCAUGUGGACAUUCAGACAUGAAGUGAGGCUUCAACCACAUAGGCAUGGUUCCUUAAACCAGGUGUUUCUUCAACUAAAAUCCUUGAUAUUUUUUUUUUCAGUUAAUGUAAACAUAAUCAUUAAUUUCCACUUAAAUGUUUGUAAAGUAAAAAAAUACUCCGCGCAUGCUGAUUAUUUAUUCAACCGCAAAAAAAAUUAAACAACCCAUAAUCUGUUUUAUUAUAGCCUGACUUUUCUCCCAGGAAAUUUGAUUGAAUAUUUUUGUGGGCACUACACACAACUUUUUUAUGCCACACAUUUUCAUUUUGUUUUAAUAUUUUAAGAUUAUUAAGUUUUUAAUUUUAAUUGUCUUCCGACACCUAUCUCGCAAAAGGUCUUUUAAAAAUUAUCAUCUCUUGCUGCUGUAAGUAAUUUAAUCUAUGCCAGACUCUAAGAAAAGGACUAAAUAAAAUGUAUUAAAAAAUAUUUUGAGAGCAAAAUAUCGGCUUAAAAAAAUUAUUAUUUUUAAGAAACUUAUUGAAUCAACAUAGAACGAACAAUUUAUUUUUAAGUGGCAAAUAAAUAUAUAGCGUUAUUAUUGUUAUUGUUGUUAUGAAUGUAUAGCGUACUAAAUUAUAUGUUGAACAUGGAAUAAAACAGUUCUAAUUGAAAUUUAAAACUAACAUAUACCUUUUUUGAAAAACCCUAGAAAUGUCUUUUAGAAAUUUCAGUAGUGUAAAAUUGUCAGAAAAUUUACUAACCUAUAUUAGCAAUGAAAUAUUAAAAAGACAUUCCUGGAGUUUCAACAUAAUUGUCGAAACGUUUGACCUUUUAGCAAAACAGUGAGAAUUUUGUCUUAUUGUAAUGCUACACACUUUAUAAGAGUAGUUUCAAAGGGCAAAUUUGGUUGUUUUUUCUAUCCUUCGUUAAAAAUAGCAAGCAAUAAAAAAUCACGAAAACACAAAAAAAAAAUUACAAACCCUUUUUAAAAACUGCUUGUAUUUUAUCACAGCGUUCCUUAUUUAUUAUCUCCAUUAAGUUAUUUUUUUGGAACGCUUUUGUUCCGUUUCUUGUUUCCUUUGGUUGAAUUUUAUUGUGUUAUAUUCACUUUAUUUAUAAUUUAUUUACACAUAGACUAUAAAAUAUUCUACGGGACAUGUUUCUUCUCUACUGCACUGCCAGUCCCUUCAUUAGACUUAAGAGCCAAUAUACGAAUACGAAUGUGAUGUGAAAAACGAACUUGAAAUUUGUGUUGUUUCCAAUGCACACAAGGAUUUUUAUUUUGAAAAAUAAAUCGCUCCAAAUGAA